GCUUUAGAUGAGCUUUGUCAAUCAGGGUCAAAGGGAUUGGCUAUGCAGGUAAAAGCAGCAUGGAUGACAAGAAAUGCCUUGCCCCUCCUGUCCCCCCAAAUAGCUGCUCUGUAGGAGUUACUUUGCAUAUUCCCCUACCAAGAAGAUACUGAUUGGGAGGAAAGAGGUUUAAAGGGCGCUGUCCUGUUGGUAGGAACAAUCAUAUCAAGUUUAUUUCCACUGGAUGUUCUUCUCUUUCAAAUUAGCAAACAAUGGUUCAGCAAGUUGCAGAAAACAUAAACUUUCAACAGGAGGAAGAGAAAAUAUUGCAGAUUUGGAACACUCUUAAUUGUUUUCAAGAAUGCCUAAAACAAUCAAAAAAUAGACCUAGGUUUACAUUUUAUGAUGGACCUCCAUUUGCCACAGGGCUUCCCCACUAUGGACACAUACUUGCAGGAACCAUUAAAGACAUAGUAACUAGAUUUGCUCACCAGAGUGGAUUUCAUGUGGAUAGAAGAUUUGGUUGGGAUUGCCAUGGUUUGCCAGUGGAGUAUGAAAUUGAUAAAGCACUAGGCAUCAAAGGACCAGAAGAUGUUGCGAAAAUGGGAAUUCCUGAAUAUAACAACAGUUGCAGGGGAAUUGUGAUGAGAUACUCAGAAGAAUGGAAAGCCAGCGUUAUGAGGCUUGGACGGUGGAUUGACUUUGACAAUGACUAUAAAACAUUAUAUCCAGAGUUCAUGGAGACUGUGUGGUGGGUUUUCAAACAGCUAUAUGACAAAGGCCUGGUAUACCAAGGAGUUAAAGUCAUGCCUUUUUCAACUGCGUGUAACACACCCCUUUCUAAUUUUGAGUCUCACCAGAAUUAUAAGGAUGUCCAGGACCCUUCAGUCAUCGUUAACUUCCCAUUAGAAGAAGAUGAAAGCAUCUCUCUAGUUGCUUGGACAACAACCCCUUGGACUCUGCCUAGCAACCUGGCCCUGUGUGUUAACUCAAAGUUGCAAUAUGUGAAGGUGAAAGACAAAAAUACAGGGAAAACUUUCAUUUUGAUGGAAGCUCGGCUGGUAGCUCUUUACAAAUCUGAAAGUGAAUAUGUGAUACUUGACAGGUUUCCUGGUGUCACUCUUAAAGGGAAGAAAUAUAAGCCACUUUUCAAGUACUUUAUCAAGUGGAAACAAAAUGGCGCUUUUACUGUAGUGACUGACAACUAUGUGAAGGAAGAAGAAGGUACGGGGGUUGUACAUCAAGCUCCUUACUUUGGCGCUGACGACUACAGAGUCUGCAUGGAUUUUAAUAUUAUUCAGAAAGAUUCAAUGCCAGUUUGUCCUGUUGAUGCCUCUGGUUGUUUCACAGCAGAAGUGACAGACUUUGCUGGACAGUAUGUGAAGGAUGCAGAUAAGAACAUUAUCAGGACCCUAAAAGAACAAGGAAGAUUGAUCCACACCAGUUCUUACAAGCACAGCUAUCCUUUUUGCUGGAGGUCAGAUACUCCUCUAAUAUACAAAGCUGUGCCAAGCUGGUUCGUUCGUGUGGAGCACAUGGUGGAGAGGUUGUUGGAAAAUAAUGCCCAAUGCUACUGGGUUCCUGACUUUGUGAGAGAGAAGCGUUUUGGAAACUGGUUAAGAGAUGCACGUGAUUGGGCUAUUUCACGAAAUCGAUACUGGGGGACACCCAUCCCAUUGUGGGUCAGUGAUGAUUUUGAAGAGGUUGUCUGUAUUGGGUCUAUAGCGGAACUGGAAGAGCUAUCGGGAGUGAAAGUCACUGAUCUCCAUAGAGAAAGUAUUGAUCAUAUAACGAUCCGUUCACGCUGUGGCAAAGGUGUAUUACAUCGUGUUUCAGAGGUGUUUGACUGCUGGUUUGAGAGUGGAAGCAUGCCUUAUGCCCAAGUCCAUUAUCCAUUUGAGAACAAAAGAGAAUUUGAAGAUGCUUUUCCUGCUGACUUCAUUGCUGAAGGCAUUGACCAAACCAGAGGAUGGUUUUACACAUUGCUAGUGUUGUCCACAGCUCUUUUUGGGAAGCCCCCUUUUAAGAAUGUAAUUGUAAAUGGCCUAGUUCUUGCCAGUGAUGGGCAAAAGAUGAGCAAACGAAAGAAGAACUACCCAGAUCCAGCAAACAUUGUAAACUCUUAUGGGGCUGAUGCUCUGAGGCUUUAUCUUAUCAAUUCUCCUGUGGUGAGAGCAGAAAAUCUGAGGUUUAAAGAAGAAGGUGUCAGAGAUGUGUUGAAGGAUGUCUUCUUGCCAUGGUACAAUGCAUAUCGCUUCCUCAUUCAGAAUGUAGUCAUUCUGCAACUUAAGGAAGAUGGAAAAGAAUUCCUUUUCAAUGAGAAUACAGUUAAAGGAAGCAACAACAUAAUGGAUAAAUGGAUUCUUUCUUUUGCACAGUCACUAAUUCAGUUCUUUAAAGCAGAAAUGGAAGCCUACAGACUGUACACAGUAGUUCCUCGUCUAGUUAAGUUUGUAGACAUUCUUACCAACUGGUACGUCAGAAUGAAUCGCAGGAGGUUAAAGGGUGAAAAUGGAACAGAUGACUGCAUUAUGGCCUUAGAAACCUUAUUCAGUGUUCUUUACUCCAUGUGCAGACUUAUGGCACCUUAUACUCCAUUUAUCACUGAACUGAUGUACCAGAAUUUGAAGACUCUUAUUGAUCCCACCUGUGUUCAGGAGAAGAACACGGACAGCAUUCACUACCUCAUGCUUCCUCAAGUUCGGGAGGAUCUGAUUGACAAAAAUAUAGAAAGUGCCGUUUCCCGGAUGCAAUCUGUUGUCGAGCUUGGGCGGGUAAUUAGAGAUAGGAAAACCAUUCCAGUAAAGUAUCCGCUGAAAGAAGUGGUGGUUAUUCAUCAGGAUCCUCAGGCCCUGGAAGAUAUCAGGUCCUUGGAAAAGUAUAUACUUGAGGAACUUAAUGUCCGUCAAGUGACAUUAUCGACUGAUAAAGAUAAAUACGGAAUCCGCCUGAGAGCAGAACCUGAUCACAUGGUGCUUGGGAAGCGUCUGAAAGGUGCCUUUAAAUCUGUUAUGGCUGCUAUAAAGGAGUUGAAAAGUGAGCAGUUGGAAGAGUUCCAGAAGACUGGCACCAUUGUUGUGGAGGGGCAUGAACUGUACGAAGAAGAUCUCCGUCUGAUGUACACCUUUGACCAGGCUGUAGGAGAGUCUGCCCACUUUGAAGCACAUUCUGAUUCUCAGGUUUUGGUUCUCCUGGAUGUUACUCCUGAUCAAUCAAUGCUUGAUGAAGGUGUUGCACGUGAAGUAAUAAAUCGCAUCCAAAAACUUCGGAAGAAGCGCAAUCUUGUUCCAACUGAUGAGAUUACAGUAUAUUACCGUGCACAUCCAGAAGGUGACUAUCUUGAUACUGUUAUUAAGGAGCAUACAGAUUUCAUUUUUGCAACAAUAAAAGCUUCUUUGAAGCCAUACCCAGUGCCUACCUCAAAGGAAGUGCUUAUUCAAGAGAAAACCCAGCUAAAGGGAUCAGAGCUGGAAAUUACACUAGCCAAAGGUGCUCUAAAUCAUCGCAUUGAGCCAGCAUGUGCUUAUGUCAAUCUGAACAUCUCUGUGAAUGGUCAAGAGCAAAAUGGUACUGUGUUGCUAGAAAAUCCCAAGGGAGAUAAUAAAUUAGACUUCGUCAAACUUGUUAACACUAUUUCAUGCAUUUAUGGGCUUGAAAAUUCAAAGCUAGUUAUUUUCAAUGGAAAAACAGAACUGAAAAACCAAACUGACUUGCUGAGUCUCAAUGGAAAGAUGCUUCACAUAACUGCGGGGUCAGUGCCAGCCCUAAACAGUCUUGAUGGCUUCCUCUGUCAGUAUAUCAAUUUACAACUAGUGAAUGCAAAACCACAAGAGUGUCUGAAUGGACUACUGGGAACUCUUCUAAUGGAAAACCCUGUUGGUCAGAAUGGACUCGCAUAUCAAGGGCUUCUACAUGAAGCAGGAAAAGUGUUUGGACUUAGAAGCAGGCGGCUAAAAUUGUUCCUGGAUGAAGCGCUAACAGAGGAGAUUACAAAGGAUACCUCCAUGAAGACUUUAAAUAUGAAGACAGUGUAUGUUCAUGUUACACCAACAACAGCUGAAUAUUGAGCGUUCCAUUUUCAUGAAUGCUGCAAUUUGAACUUUUUUUCAUGGAGAAAUCUGAAUUGUAGUUGGGAUGUAUUGACCAAGAAUUCCCAAAUAGUGUAGGAUAUUCUGAACAACAGCAGUCCUACAUGGAAUGUGUUUCUAUCAGUGUAUGUGUAAUAUGCUGCUUUAGGUUAAAAUGUAGUGAAUUUUCAUUAUGUUGUAAGAUGAUGUAAAAGCUAUGCAGAGUAAUACCCAGUCUCAAAUGCACAGAAGGAUCUAUGCAGUGGCCUGAAAUAAACUGAGCUGAGUACUUCAGUAUUGCUGUUCUAUCUGUCCUUUAUGGAGAGACCAUCUUCAGUUUUUCUAAUGUUACUGUUUCCACAUCAUUCAUAAUAUGUUAUGUUGGCUUUAACCCUAAUUUAAGAAGAGUAACCUGUGUAUUCAGCAAUGCUGUUAAGCUAUUCAUGAAGUAUGUAUUGACAAACUUCCUGUAAUGUCCAUGAUUUUGAACAAUAAAUUCUUUUAUCUAGAA